AUGGCGGACGGUUACCAGCUGUGGGCGCCCCGCUCGCCCCUCGACGAGUCGCUGUGGUGGCUGCGGGGCGCGGCGCUGCCGCCCGCCGCCUCUGCCCACCCUCCCGCGGCGGCGGCCCCCACCUGGCGGCGGCGGCGGCGGGGGCGCUCGGCGGCCCUGAGCCGGCCGGAGGCCAUGAGGCUGCGCGGCCUCGACGCCGUCUUCGGGCGGCUGGUGACGGCGCAGCCGCCGCGCUGGAGCGGCUCCCUGCGGGUGUCGGAGCACUCGGCCUUCUGCCGGGUGGUGGGGCCGCGGGAGGCGCAGGCCCGCCUGGCCGCCGCCAUGUGCCGGCAGAUGCUGCGCGCCAUCCUGCUGCCCUACGCCACCUACAAGAACUGCGCCUUCGCCCUGCAGCACUCCCACUGA